GGAGCCACCUCUCCUGCCGGCAGCCAGCACCGUUUUCCUCUCAUCUGUAGCUGCCAGCCCUCCUGAGGACCGACAUGGCCCAGGAGCGCCCCUCCUGUGCCCUGGAGCCCGAGCAUGUCCAGCGCCUGCUGCUGUCCUCUUUCGAGGCCAAGAAGUCAGCCUACUGCCCCUACAGCCGCUUCCGGGUAGGGGCUGCCCUGCUCACCAGGGACGGGAGGAUCUUCUCCGGGUGCAACAUAGAAAAUGCCUGCUACUCACUAGGUGUAUGUGCUGAACGAACUGCUAUCCAGAAGGCCAUCUCUGAAGGGUACAAGGAUUUCAAGGCCAUUGCUGUCUCCAGUGAUUUGCAAGACGACUUCAUCUCACCAUGCGGGGCCUGCCGACAAGUCAUGAGAGAGUUUGGCACGGACUGGGCUGUGUAUAUGACCAAGACAGAUGGCACAUAUAUGGUCAGGACAGUCCAGGAGCUGCUGCCAGCCUCCUUUGGGCCCAAAGACCUGCAGAAGACCCACUGAAAGCCAGAGAGGAUCCACUGCCUGUGAGGGCCUGAGUUCCCAUGGGUGCUUGAGUGACAGCUCCUGGAAGAUAUCAGAAUGAUGUUCUUGUUGGGCCUGGUGACACCUACCACAUGGGUCCCAAACCCUCAUGGGCUGGGUGGAGUGACUUCCCUAACUGUACUCACACAGGUAGAGUUGUCACUUAGCCCAGGCCAGAGCCACUCCUCACAUCCCUGUCCUCAGGGACUCAGCACUCCAUCCCUGCCCUCCCUUCCUGCCCGCCCUCCCUAGCAUUCCAAGCCUGGCCUGCCCCCAGGGUUCUGUCCUGUUCCUGCAACUUGUCUGAUUAUAAAUGUGACAGAACAUCCUGAUUCAAAAAACAUGUUUUAUUCUGUUU